AUGUAUAGUGAAUAAAAUAAGAGAGUUAUCAAAUUAGACGAGGAUGAAGAAAAUACUCCUGAAAACCUUAUUACAAUAUACGAGAAGAUGAAUCUAGAGACAGCUGGUAAAAUUUGGGAAUGUGUACUACCAUUUUUCAUUAAUUUAUAGUCAUUAAUCUUGGGCAGGUAUCUAAUCAAGUAGGCGUAUUUCAACAAGAUUGAAUUGGCCAACAAGACCGUUCUCGAAUUGGGCUGUGGAACUGGAAUCUUGAGCAUCAUUCUAGGAAAACAAGGUUGUAAUGUUUUGGCCACAGAUUUGCCUUAAGUCGAAGCUCUAUGUGAACAGAACAUUUCAAAGAAUAACAUAGCCAAUCAGGUCAAAUUCAAAAUACUAGAUUGGAAUCAAAGUAAGCACAAAACUGAUUGUCUGAUUGAUAAAAAACAUAUUGAUAUUAUAGUAGCUAGUGAUCCAAUUUAUAACUAGAAAACCUUUGAUUCCUUCUUUGCUCAAUUGAAAAUAUUGUAUGAAGUGAUACCCAACAAACCUAUACUCUAUUUGGCUCAUAAAUAUAGACAUGAUGAAUUUGAUAAAAACCUGGAAGACAAAAUUGAAGAAACUGAUUUGUGGUUUAAGAAGGUCGAUUCAGAACACUUAGAUGAGCUAUGGAAAUCAUAAUAGUGUGUAGUCUAUAAAAUAGGCAAAUUUUGA